GACUGUUGCACGUGUGUUCGUUUAAAAACAAAACUGUCAAAAUCGCGCGGGCUUUGUAACAAAAACUGCUUGUUAUUUUUCAAGAGUGGCAAAGGUGUUAGUGUGUUAUGCCAACGAAUUAUCAGUGCUGAUUAUUGCUGUAUUUGCCUUUCUCUAUGACCAUAAAUAAAAAAAAACUAUCUAGCAAACAUCAAAUUCAGCGCAAUUCGUCAACACUCAAAAUUUACAGUUAAUAUGAACAUUGACUAAAUGGAUAAGUUUGUUGAAAAAGUGAAAUCUUGGAGUAUGUCUAGGAAACCGCCAACACCAGAACUGAACAGGAGCCAAUAUUCCCUGGUGUCCAGUGGAGAGCUGACUGCGGAGGCUUUGCAGGUCUGGUUGAAGCUGCCAAAGAAGAUCAAGUACGACCCUGACUUGGAAGCAUUCCAGAAACGAUAUGAAAAUGAAUUAGCGACAAAUCCAGCAAGUGCACCGGUAAAUCAUAAUGGCACCGUCCCGGAAUCGAAACGGCUACCACUUGUUAAAUCCGCUCCGCACCUCAACAAGGCUGAUGAAACCUGCCACAAUGCUAAGGCUGUUGAUGCGGAAGUGGAAACCGAUAAUGGGUUCGACGGAAAGUUUACCAAGAUACAGAACAAGAAAUCUGGAGCGAAACAGUGGCUUAAGAUGACAUGUCUGCUGGGAUGCUGGGUAUUUUUCACCGUCGCUUUUCUCAUGUAUAAUGAAAAGGAGGUCAUCGUAAGAAACUCCUCGAUAGGACCAGGUGAAACUAAAAUGUUUGAUCUGCACAAAUCGGGCCAGGAAAUGUCAAUUGAAAUUCGAUUAAGGGGGCCUUUUGUAAGUGAACAGUCGCAGACGAAACUCAAUGAUGAUGCACUGGCGCAAGCAGCGAGAAUGAUGGUGUGGCUUGAAGACCUGGGUCGAGGUAGCAGCGUCGAUGGGAUGUCAAUUCAAUGGCCCAUUGCUUUCCAAAAUGGCGACUAUGAUUACACUGCGGGCGAGCCGAGAACAACAAUAUUGAAGUUGAAAUCCAAUAAAACGUCGGCGUUUGUGCUGCGCAUGCGCUCCACAGCCAAUCAGACAGCGCCGUUCACGCUGAGCUACACUAUCAGUCCAAUAGAUGCCGCUACUGGUGUCGUCUACGCUUGUAUACUACUGUGCGGCCUCUAUGUCCUUAUUAUAUUUGAGAUUAUUAAUAGAACAAUGGCGGCUAUAAUAGUCGCUACGACAGCUCUGGCAACACUCUCCGUGUUUGGCGAGAGACCGUCCCUACCUGAGCUUAUAUCCUGGCUGGAUGUGGAGACAUUACUGCUUCUCUUCAGCAUGAUGAUCCUUGUGGCUAUCAUGGCGGAGACAGGCAUGUUUGACUACUUGGCUGUAUAUACUUUUGAGGUGACAAAAGGAAAGCUAUGGCCUUUAAUUACAGUUCUAUGUGCAAUAACGGCAGUAUUAUCUACGUUCCUCGAUAACGUAACAACAGUAUUGUUGAUGACACCAGUAACAAUAAGACUUUGCGAAGUGAUGGACAUGGAUCCAGUGCCGAUACUGAUGUCAAUGGUCCUAUUCAGUAACAUUGGUGGAACAGCGACACCUGUGGGCGACCCACCGAACGUUAUUAUCGCGUCUAACAAGGCUGUGGUACAAGCUGGCAUCAACUUCACUAACUUCACAAUGCACAUGACAAUUGGUAUUCUGCUUGUGUGCGUACAGACAUACUUCCAGCUUCGUUACAUAUACAGAGACACAAAUAAAUUGCGCCUCAACGUUCCCAGAGAUAUUCAAGAUUUGCGUCAUCAGAUUUCAAUAUGGCGUCGGGCAGCCGACUCAUUACCGCAUUUGAGUAAAGAUGCCCACGUUGUGAGAGAGAGACUGGAGAAGAAGAUGGUGAAGCUGACGCUGCAACUCGAAGCCAUGAUCAAGGAGAGCAGUAAGAGAAUCUGCCCGAAGGACACGUUUAUUACAACACUGGCGCAACUAAAAGAUAAAUACAAGAUACGAGACAAACCGUUACUGCUGAAGUCUACAAUAGCCAUUGGUUUCGUGGUCGCGUUGUUCUUCCUUCAUUCCAUACCUGAACUCAACAGGGUAUCUUUGGGCUGGACUGCACUUCUGGGCGCCAUCUUACUUCUGACUCUGGCAGACCGUGAGGAUCUGGAGCCCAUACUCCACAGAGUAGAGUGGUCUACCUUGCUGUUCUUUGCAGCGCUCUUUGUACUUAUGGAGGCGCUGUCCAAACUCGGUCUAAUAGAAUUCAUCGGGGGAAUAACGGAAUCUAUUAUAUUGAGCGUAGAUGAAGGCGGGAGACUUGCUGUGGCCCUGGUAUUACUUUUGUGGGUUUCUGGUGUUACUUCAGCAUUUGUGGACAACAUACCGCUGACCACAAUGAUGGUACGCGUGGUGACCGCGCUGGGGUCGAACCCAACACUCAACCUUCCAAUAGCGCCAUUGAUUUGGGCGCUAUCGUUUGGCGCAUGUCUUGGAGGUAACGGCACGCUGAUCGGCGCGAGCGCGAAUGUCGUCUGCGCAGGAGUGGCCGAGCAACACGGCUACAAGUUCUCCUUCAUGCAGUUCUUCAGGAUCGGCUUUCCUGUCAUGAUUGGACACCUCAUCGUCGCCACAGCCUAUCUACUUAUCUGUCAUUGUGUAUUCACUUGGCAUUAGUACUUGUAUUAUACACCUUGAACUGAAUAGACGGCCCUUAAGGCGCGGUCGUACCUGAAUAUUCUCAAAAAUUGGUUUCUUAGAGAGUUGAUUGCAACGUAACGCAAAGAAAAUGUUCCGACACAAAAAUUACAGUGCAUAAAGAAGGAUUUAAAGAAAAUUUUGAACCGAAUAGAAAAUUUAUAUGUAAUUUGAAAUAUAUGAUAGAAAAUUUGGAAGUUCCCAAAAAUAAACAUUGGAGUCAAAAAUCUCUGAAUUUUAUAGCGAUAACACUAUUCUUUUUUUGAAGAAUUUAAUAGAAAUUAUAUUUUCUAAAACUUAAACAAUUAUUCUAUUUAAUAUGUAUAAAACCAAUAAAAAUGUCCAUUUGCAGCGUAUCCACAAGAUCAACACAAAUAUUGUAGCGUUUACAAUCCUAGUCAGUCCGCGCCUUAAAUAUUUUUAAUAGGAAUAAGUUGCCGAUUGUGCAAAUGCCCCAGAUAUCAUGCUUCCCACACCGUGUCCUUAUCAGCAACAAUAUUUUCCAAAGAUCUUGCAUAUCUUUGACGUGCAGGCACUGCUUCGCCGAUCACCGAUUCAAAUUUGUCUCUUUAUGCAUAUGCUUUAAGUGAACAGAGAGAUUUCCCAAUUUCAUCUCGUAGGUAGUAACGAAACUAAAUGUUCAUUUUUGUCGAGUUUGAUAUCGCUCGCUUUACUUACUUUACGGAGGCUCUUUUGCACAGAAUGCCGGGUAGAUUAUGGGUACCACAAUGGCGCCUUUUACUGCUGUGAAGCAGUUAUGUGUAAGCAUUAUUGUGUUUUGGUCUGAAGGGCACUGUAGGUAAUGAAAUUACUGGGCAAAUGAGUCUUAACAUCUUAUGUCUCAAGGUGAGGAGCUUUUUGGGUUUUUCAAGAAUCCUGAGCGGCACUGCAUAGCAAUGUGCAUCGUGUAUCAAUUACCAUCAGCUGAACCUCCUGCUCGUCUCGACCCUUACUUUCAUAAAAAAUAUAUAUAUAUAUAUAUAUAUAUAUAUAUAUAUAUACAUAAGAGAUUUCCACCAAUGUAUUGACUCAUUAAGUUUACUGUGGAACCACAAGGCGUAGAGACUUGAAAUUUUGUAGGAAUAUUCCUUUUGCCGAGUAGACAUAAUCUUAUAUUGAUUUCUACAUUUGGAAGAUAAAUUAAUAAGUAACUUAUUUGUGCGUCGGUAGCGCAAUAGGUAGAACCGUUGACUCUCACCACAAAGCCCCCGUUUGGAACAUUGCUCAUUACAUAUACAUACUCGUCCAAUAUGUUUUCGAAUUCAUGUUAUGUACCUUUAUUCGACAUUAUCUAAGGUCGACAACGCUCUUGUGAUACGUCUUGUAUUACAAGGGCCUCGGUGAUCACAUACUUACUAUCAGGUAGCCCGUAUGUAUGGUGUUUUUCCUUCAUUUCCUUAAAAUUAAUAAUUCGUUGUCUGUAAACUCGGUUUACGGACGAUAAUUUUACGUGAUACCGUCAUAAGAAAACAUUGAUGAAAAUUGCAUACUUUUAUGAAUUUAAUUGAAUUAUUAUCAAUGAGUUAUGAUUAUUACAUACAUUGGAAUACAACGUCGGCUGAUGAAGUGGAAGAGAGAUAGAUACGUCACAAACGCAGACGAGAGGAGCUUAGCCGCGAAGCUGUCAGGUUAUUUCCACCAGAGCGGAGAGGAGAUGUGAGCUGUGUUAAUAGCAACGCUUUCGGUUUGCGAGGCGCGGGGAGAAGGGAGCGGGGAAAGGGACGCGCGAGCCUACACGAUACACUCACUAUCUCCGCUCCGCCACGCCGCUUGAUCGCUCGACGCGGCACAAAAUUCUAUAGACAAAUGAGACAUCUCCUCUCCUCUCCGCUUAAUCCACCGAAGCUAAGGUGAGAGGAGAUGUGGAAAUAACGAAAUCUGAUUUGUUAUCAAAAUACAUCUGCUCUCCUCUCCGCUUUGGCGGAUACCGGGUCUUAGGCCGGUCGAGUCUAUUUACCGCUUGUUCCGCGCCCUGAAUGCAGUCUGAAUUCAUAUCAUAUUACAGUAGAAUUUAUGAAAAAAUAUUUUUGAAAAUUUUAAUUUAUUUUAUAUAAUUAUAUAUUUAGGUUUUAUUAUGAUUAUUUCAAUAGGUAGUAAAUCUAUUAAGUAAACUAACAUGUGUAGUAUUAGUGUAGUAGUGUAUGUGAAGAAGAAACUUAACAGCUGAUACUCUUAAAAUGAAAUGUUGAAUAGUCAAUCAGAAGUACCAUUUAUAUGUUUACCACAAACAGACAAACGGACAAAAAUUUCUAAAAGAACUUUUUUGGAUUCGCUUUUGUAUGUAAAACACAGCAAAAGUACUAUUAUUCCAUCGGGCGUUAUUUGUAGCCUAUGCCACAAUAGAGUAAUAGAACAGUACCUUAUCGUCUUCAUACUAGAGUAAUCGAAUCAACGCACGCACACAUACACACGAUUUACACGGCCGCUAAGCAGUCUUGGGAAGUCAUUAAUAUUCAUUUAAGAAAAUUUAUUGAUGUAUGCGUUACUUUGCGGAAAUCCAUAAUUAUACAAAUGAUUUGAGUUUUCUUUAGUGUUAAUUCUGCCAAUAUUUGUCUAUAAACAAUUCGACACAUGCUUCGCCUCUACACGAGGCAUCCUCAGGACGUGUUGUCUCGCCAAAAUCUGGCACGAGACUAUUAGACAAAUAUUGACGGAAUUAACACUAAAGAAAACUCAAAUCAUAUGUAUAAUAUUCAUUUAAUUAAAAACAACCGAAAAUUGUAUGUGCUACUUUUUGCCUUCGGUAUUGUUUGUAAAACACACAGCAAGUAUACUUUAAAAAAAUAUUUAAUGUGCAAUUAUUUAACUUACGACUACGACAUGCAUUGACGUACAAUAAACAAAUAGACUCACAAUUACGCUUAAUAAAUUGUCUGAAGCAAAAAUCUGCGUACCAAGAGCGUAUUACCAAGAGUUUUCGUUCAGUUGCGUUUCGACCGCGCUUUGAAUAUAAUGCCACGCAAAGACACAAAUGUUCAGUGAAUUAUUUGCCUCGAGAUAUUUUGUUCUCGAGAGUUUGAUAAUGGUGCGAAAGAGACGGACGCGAACACGAGGCAAAAUUGGGAUGUAUUGACACGGGAGUGGGUCAGGGAUUGGAAAUAAUACUCCGCUUAUAGGAACGAGUCUUUAUUUGCGUUCACUUUUUCUGAACUUGCACUUCGCCGGUCUGCCGCUGUUCCUCUUGUGGGCGGCGGUACCUUCAACGCGUCACACCGCACCGAACACUAAGUCUCUUCUAUCUUCUUCCUCUUGGAACACUUCCACUUUUCACUACUUCUUCUUUUCUUCUUCUUCUUCUUUACACUUUCGAGUCAGAACUAGAACUGCCGUAGGCCACGCUUAGUUCGGCUUAUAUACCCCCGGAUCCGUUCUAUUUUCAAAAUGAUUCUCCCAUUCCAUCUUUAAAUUUAAAUUGUACUAGAAAAUUCUUUUAACUAUUUUUAUCCUGCUUACACAUUUUCCAUCCCUUUUUUUCUGUUCGAUUUGAUCCUGAACUUACUAAAAAUUUCCUUUAACUUUACAAAACCCAAAAAAAUCCAUACACUGGUAGGUGUAUCGAACCCGGGUCUACGGCGUCUAAAGUAAACACUUUUCCGCUGAGCUACGAGUAUUGCUGACGGAGCCGUUGAAAUUAACAAUAUCUUGAAGUUUGACAACUCUCGUCAUAUACUUCGAAGUUCGAAGGGUUGCUACGCAACAGUAUUUUAUUUAGCAAAAUUAUUAAAUCGUUAAAUUUACUACACAAUUGUGGUCAUUUAAAAGGCACUUUUCUGAAAUACGAUACUCCAUCCUUUUUACGUUUUGAUAUGUUAUUAUUUGGACAGUUUUUCACUGAACACUGUCCCUACGUGGCGUUGUAUUCAAAGCGCGGUCGAAACACAACUGAACGAAUAUCCUGCCUCAUAGACGCGUAGGCAGAGUCUUGCUUCAGACAAUUUUUGAGCGAGAUUGUGAAUUUAGUUGGCUAUUGUAAUUUGUACACUUAAAAGUAAUAAUAGCACAACACCUUAUUUUAACAAUAUGGAGCUCCGUCCCCGACGCACUUACAAGAACUACAAGCGGUGAACGCAUGAAUUGGCUUAAUUGUGAUUAUUUAAUCAUAGUGACAGCGCGGCUGUUAUGCCCACAUUACUCUUCCAGCCUUUUGUACAUUAUUCCGUGAUUAAAUGUUGAUGUGUCUGCAUUAAAAUAGCCAUUAAAACUAAUUUUACUGUUCUUUAAUAUCAGUUAAUGUUAGUUACUAACUUAUAAUUAAGUGUUUAACAUAUCAAUAGAAAUAUAUAAGUGACAUAAUUUUUUAUCUGAAUUUGUUAAGUGCAAUUGUACCUAAUACAUCUGUGAUAAGUAAAUGAUUUACUAAUAUAUUUUUUAA